AUGCCGCCGAUCUCCCACUAUGUCACGCGAUCCGUGUGGAGUGCUCUGCUGCCGCGUGAUGCAGCCCCUGGCCCCGCUCCCUGCGGAACGGUCAGCACUUUCCUGAGAUCUCUGCAUCCCCUCCCUCAGCCAGCCACAUCCCUCCAUACAUCCCUCCCUCAAACUCCGGUCACCCCUCUCCGUAGGUCCCGCACACCCGCGUCUCACACACCGGUCCCAACUCUCCAGUGUCGAAGCACCUCUCCAAGCAGUCCGCCUCAUCUGGUCCUCGCUCCCAGGAAUCCUCCUCUGACUGGUCGCCUGCUCGGCUCUGGCGUCCCACUCCCCCGAGCCAACGCUCAGCCGGCUCCCGCUCCGUCGGCGGUCCCCUCUCUCGGCUUCCCCCUUCCCUCCGGCGCUCCACACCUCCCCCCUCCUACCACUUUCUCGUACUCGUCCGUCUCCCCCAUAAUCUCUCCUAAACCAGUCGCGCCCAUCCGGCCGACUAGCACCCUCCAUCCCCCCUCAGUCACUCUCCUCCCCGCCCCCCACCCGCCUCCCCUCUCAACACUCCAUCUCAAACCAUACAUCCACCUCAUCCUCUCCCCUCAACGAUCCUCUCUCCCAUCCCUCAUCCCCAACCCGCAGUAUCCCUCCCCCCGGCCGUCAACGAAACCUCCCCUCCCAUCACUCCUAGAUCAACUCCGCCCUUCGCCCCUCACCAUGCUCUUUGCCUCCCUCCCCUCCGAAAGACAAUCUCCCUCCCCUCUCCCUCAUAGCGCCCGCUCCGCCCACCCCCAACUCAAUCACGUCGACUCACCCUCAUCACUCACUUCCAUCUCCACCCCUCCCACAAGCAUAAACCCAAUCAUCACAUACCUCGCCCAACUCCCUCCCUUGAACAAAUCCGCCCCACCGCACUCCACUUCCGCCUCCUCCUCCGCCAAUCCCAUCAUAUCUCCCUCCGCCGUCCAUCCUACUCCAUCACUCCCUCUGCCACUCCCUCUCUCCCUCUCCGCUCCCCCAAUUCAACUCUCACCUCUCGCCCACAUCCUCAUUCCUCGAACGAACCAUCCCUCUCACCCGCAUCACUCACUCUCCUCUCUCCCAAUCCCUCCCCAAAAAUCCCAAUCCGCCAGCUUCCCCUGCCCACAACCGCACUCCCGGGAGUCCCUUGAUCUCAGCCUCUCAAUUCUUCUCAAACCCUUCUCGUCCACACAGGCUUAUCUAUCCUUCAUAGCCAGGGUCGCGCCCCUCCCACAACACAUCACUCUCUCAUUCCUCUCACAGUUCGACGAUCUCUCCCUCCCCUCUACCCCCACCAACUGGGUCUCUCGGGUCCCGCAUGUUCGUCCUCCUUUUCCUCCCCCGUCACUGUCCACUCCUCUCCAGUCCCUCGUAUCGGACUCCGUCCGAGCACUCCCUCCGCGAAUCCGCGCCCCUGGCGUCCCAUAUCCCUUUCAGCCCCGCCUCUCAAGCCCUCUCCACCGUAUACAGACCACACUCCGGCCUAUCUCCCCUGUCUCUCCCCACUCCGCUGUCCCUAUCCAAAAUUCUCUAACGUCCCCCCCGCCAAGCCAAUUACUUCACCAGCCCCAUCAAGUUCAAAUCCGGAUCCACUCCUACAUCCCAUUUCCCCUCGCUUCUCCACACCUACCAUCCCCGAUACAUUCUCAUUCCCUCCUCACCAUCCGGCUCGAUAACUCCCGCAACGGUCCUCAACAAAUUCACCCUGACCCCAACUCUUCUCAGAGUCCUCCUCCCCCCUGCUCCCAAAGCUUCCUACAAUCCCCACCACACUCCGUUCCCCUCCCUCGCCCCCUGAUAUCUAGUCUCCUCAUGUUCCUCCCUCUCACAAUCCACUACGUACAUCUCGCUCCCCCCGCGUCUCCUCACGCCGUCAUCUCCCCCCUCUCCCCCUCGCGACGCUCCUCUCUAACCACCCGCGCUCCUUCCCAGUGCCCCUUCAACACUAUCCCCAGUCCCUCCCGCUCAUCAAACCCGAAACGGGACCUCCCGCCCAGCGAACACGCCCCCCCCGCACCGAAAAGUCCGUCACUCCACCUCACCACGCUCCUCUAUCGACCAAAACUCCUAAAACACCCGAGACUCCAACUUACCAGCAUCCUCUCUCCCAAUCUCGGAAUCGAGUCAACUCAGAUCCAUCCCGCAUCUGUAGUCCUAUGGGGGGGGGGUGGGGGGGGGGGGGGGGGGGGGGGGGGGGGUGCGGCUUCAGCUCCCCCGCCUCCUCUCAACAACUCUCCUCCCAACCUCCACGAAUCCCCUCUCGUCUCGUCAUCACAUCCCUCUCGUCAUCUUCCCCCGGCUCCAAGCACGCGGAUCCAUCUCACUCGUCGAGUCCUCCGCCCGACCUCCAUCGUCUCCUCAUCCAUCUAUGAUCCCUCUCGUUCCGGCAUCCCCACUCUCACCCGGCGGGACGAAAAACCUCCAAAAUCCCCUCUCAGCCCACUCCCACCCGCCGACCUCAUCUCCUCCUCCACGUCCCCGACGACUAUAUCCGCUCUCCUAUACUCCCCUCCCAUCUCCAGACCCCGAACGUCCCUAGUACUCGAACAGCUCCCACCCUCCGCCCCGUCCGUAGACGACGUCCCUCACUCCAUCCUUGAUCCGUCGCCAGUUGUCGAACCCUUCGCAAGUCUCCCUCCUCGACUCCUCCCUUCCCUAUCCCCCCAUCCCCCCUCCGAUCCGAGCCAAGCCUCUGAUCCUCACCCAUCCUCCCUUCCCGCCCCCAAUAACUCCCUAGCCGCUCACAACCCUCACACAAAUCCUUAUUCUUCCGGCGGAUCGUGCCUCGCUGUCAUCUACGACCUCACUCAAACCAACGCACUGGCGUCUCCCCGUCGCUUUUGA